GCCGCCGCUCCUUCCGCCUUCCCGGCCUGCCCCGCGCGGCGCCUGCGCGCUCGGUGACCUUCCGAGGCGGCUGUGCGGUUUCGGGUGGUCUGAGCCACCUUUCCUGUGGCGAGACCCUCCUGUGGCCUCUCCUCGUGAGAGCAGCACCUCGAGGCCCCCCUCUUGGAACCCCGGUACUUUGGUGCUGUUGCUGCCAGCGGGCGUUUGUGGCGUUUCCUUCUGUGGCUGUGAUCAUUGACCGAAUUCUUGCUCCACGCCAGGCGCUAGCAAGAUGUUGCAAAGCCUCAUAAAAAAUGUUUGGGCCCCCAUGAAGCCCUACUACACCCAGGUUUACCAGGAGAUCUGGGUAGGAAUGGGCUUGAUGACCUUCAUCAUUUACAAAAUCAGGAGUGCUGAUAAAAGAAGUAAAGCUUUGAAAGGCUCGAGUCCUGCUCCUGCCCACGGUCACCAUUAGCCGGCUCUGCGCGGCGCGCGGCGGUCCGCCUGUACGUUUCACAAGCUCUGACAGAUGGGACCAUGGAACAUCGCCGUGCGCUUGUAGAACUGUGUCCUUUGUGGCAUUAAUAAAUGUACCUGUAAGACA